GCUUUCAUUUUCACUUUCCCAGAAAAGAAAAAAAGGAGGGAACAGAGAAGAGCUGAGUCUUUGUGCCUUUUCUCUUUGCUCCUUCUCUCUAGCUGAGCAGAGCCCUUGGAGUGGGGGGUCAGGGAGCUUCCAGAGCUGAGACAGCACAGACCUGGGAGGGAAAUAAAGGGAACGAGGGGGGCGCCUUGGCUCUGGCCAUUCUGAACCGCCUCUGGGAGCUUGGGGUGAAUUUUGUGGCUGUCUGGGCAUCAGGGCUCUGCCCAGGGGGAUUUAGCCGGGUGUCUGUUUCUGUCCACUUGAGAGAAUGAAGGCCAUUGAGACCUCUUUGGAGAUCAAUGAACAACUGUACUCCAGACAGCUGUAUGUUCUGGGCACAGAGGCCAUGAGGAGGCUGCGGCGGUCUUCCAUGCUGGUGUCUGGCAUGAAGGGGCUGGGGGUGGAGAUUGCCAAGAACCUCGUCCUGGCUGGCGUGGGCAGACUCACUCUGCACGACCCCAGCCCCACCUGCUGGAUGGAUCUGGCUUCCCAAUUCUUCCUGGCAGAGGAGGACAUAGGACAAAACAGGGCCAAAGCAUCUCUGCCCCACCUGGCCCAGCUCAACAGCUCUGUGUGCCUUGAUGCCCACGACGGGCCCCUCGCUGAGAUUGAGCUGCAAGCUUUCCAGGUGGUGGUACUGACAGACUCCACGCUCGAGGAGCAGCUGCAGGUGGGCAGCCUUUGUCACAAGCUCGGGGUGCACUUCGUGGUGGCCAGCACUCGGGGCCUGGUGGGACAACUUUUCUGUGACUUUGGCAAGGAAUUCACCAUCUAUGAGCCCAGCGAGGCAGAACCCUUAGGGAACAGCAUCGGGCACAUCUCUCAGGGCUCUCCUGGGAUCCUCACCGUUCUUGAAGAGAAUGGCCACUGCUUCCAGGAUGGGGACAGGGCGGUCUUCUCUGGCAUCGAGGGCAUGACCGAGCUCAACGACGGCGAUCCCCGGCCGGUCCGGGUUCUAGACAAACGGACCCUGGAGAUUGGAGACACGGCAGCCUUUUCCCCCUACCUACGAAGCGGAACCAUCACAAAGGUCAAGAAACCCCAGACUCGCUCCUAUGAAGCCUUGUCCUCCUCCCUGCACCGUCCCAGGAUCAUGGCAGCCAGUUCUCGGGAGACAGAGCGUGCCCGAUGCUUGCACCAGGCCUUCCAAGCUCUGCACAAGUUCCAGGCCCAGACUGGCCGCCUCCCCAGACCCUGGGACCUGGGGGAUGCCAAUGAGCUGGUGGUCCUGGCCCGGGGUCUGGAACCCCUUCAGGGAGAUCACGGAGAAAAGGGGAACGAGGCCCUCGAUGAGGCGCUGGUGAAAGAGUUUGCCAUGACUUGCACGGGGGACCUGAGCCCAGUCAGCUCGGUGAUUGGCGGGAUAGCAGCCCAAGAGAUGCUGAAGGCAGCCUCAGGGAAGUUCACCCCACUGGACCAGUGGCUGUACUUUGAUGCCCUUGAAUGCCUGCCAGAAGAUGGACAGUCCCCCCUGGGACCAGAGGGGUGUGCCCACAGAGACUGCCGUUAUGAUGGACAGAUUGCGGUGUUCGGGGCUGAUUUCCAGAAGAAGUUGGGGGAGCAGAACUACUUUCUGGUCGGGGCAGGGGCCAUUGGCUGUGAGCUGCUCAAGACCUUUGCCAUGGUGGGGUUAGGAGCUGGGCCGGGUGGGGGCAUCACCGUCACCGACAUGGACACCGUGGAACUCUCCAACCUCAGUCGUCAGUUCCUUUUCCGGUCACAGGACCUGAAUAAGCACAAGGCAAAAGCAGCGGCUCUAGCUGUGAAGGACAUGAACCCAGCUCUCCGUGUGACGGCACACACAAAUGAACUGGGCCCCGACACCGAGCACGUCUACGGGGAGGACUUCUUCUCCAGCCUCGAUGGUGUGGCUUGUGCCCUGGACACUUUCGAGGCCCGUCAGUACGUGUCUGAACGCUGCAUCCACUCUCUGAAGCCAAUGCUGGAGUCAGGCACUCAGGGCAUCCAAGGAGAAGCUGCCAUCUUUGUGCCCUUCCUGACCCAGCCCUACAGCAUGCCUCCCGAAGAUGCCAUCGAAACGGCAUACCCCAUCUGUACCCUGCGCUACUUCCCCAGCACCAUUGAGCACACCCUGCAGUGGGCCCUGAAUGAGUUUGAAGGGCUGUUCCGAUUGCCGGCGGAGACAAUUAACCGCUACCUACAGGAACCCGACUUCCUAAAGCGAAUGGAGGGGCCACAAGCUCUAAACUGUCUGAGGACAGCCAGCACUUCCUUCCUCCACCCGCCACAGUGCUGGCGGGACUGCGUGGCGUGGGCCCAGAGCCACUGGCAGCAUUGCUUCCACGACAGCAUAAGCCACCUUCUUCAGGUCUAUCCCCCGGACAAGGUGGACGAGGAAGGAGUCCCCUUCUGGUCCGGAGCCAGACGAUGUCCCCAGCCCCUGGACUUCGACCUCAGCAGUGACGCCCACCUGGAUUAUAUUCUGGCAGCUGCCAACCUGUACGCCAAGACCCACAAGCUGGCAGGCUCCCAGGACCGGGACGGACUGCGGGGGAUGCUGCAGGCAUCCCCGGCCCUCGCCUCCGUCUUCGCCGGUGACCGGCAGCUGGAAGAGGCCUCGGCAGAGCGGGAUCCCGCCCAUCUGCAGGCGCUGCUCUCCGCCCUGGAGCGGUGGCCGGGCACCUCCUUGGAGCCGCAGCUGUUUGAGAAGGACGAGGACGGUAAUUUCCACAUGGAUUUCGUCGUGGCUGCGUCCAAUCUGCGGGCAAAGAACUAUGGCAUCCCCCUGGCUGACCGCAGGAAGAGCAAGAAGAUAGCAGGGAGGAUCAUCCCAGCCAUAGCCAGCACCACGGCCGUCGUGGCUGGGCUGAUGGGCUUGGAGCUGUAUAAGGCUGUGAUGGGGCACCGGCGCCUCAGCUCCUACCGCCAUAGCUCCCUGCACCUGGACGGGCCUCACCUGGCUCGCUGGGCCCCCGCGGCUGCCAGCGUCCAGCAGUAUCGUGAUAUGAAGUGGACAGCCUGGGACCGCCUGACAGUGACUGCUCCUGCCCCAGGUCAGCCAGAGAUGACCCUGAAGGACCUGCUCAGCUAUCUCCAGGAGAAGCACCACCUUCCAGUGACCAGGUUACUGCUAGACUCCCAUCUCCUCUACUCAAGGCGCUGUCCAAAAGCUCAGCAAAACCUCCAGCUCAGGGUGACAGAACUGGUGCGUCAGGAGACUCACAAAGAGCUGAAGGAGGGCCAGAAGGAGCUAGUGUUUAGGAUCAGCUGUGAGGACGAAGAUUUGGACACGACCUUCCCCCCAUUACAUUACCGCCUCCGCUGAGCCCAGGCUGAAAGGAUGGACACAGGCCUGAGCUACCAGCCCCAGAAUCAUUAAUAAAACAGUUGAUGAAGCCA